AGAAGAGACCACCCAUCCACGUCAUUACGCGAGUUACCAGAGCAGCGUAGUCGGGGACCGGCGUCUCUUCCAGCUUCUCUUUCGCCGGUUAACCUAGCUCAGGGUCACCACGCCUUCAACCCAAGGACCGCCUCACGCCCGAAGCUGCCCCCCGUAAAGAUGGCGGAUAGGCACGGAGGAAAAGCCGGAAGAAGGCGGGGUGGGAGGAGCCGGCAGGGGGCGUGUCCUGUCUGCAGAGAGGUUCGGAUGGGCGUGGCCAGCAGCCCCUACUGGGCUUUCCAUCAAGGAGGCGCACACACCGCAGCCAGCCGCGUCCCUCCGUCGUCUCCUGGGGGCGGGUCACCACUGGCUCCGCCCCUGUCCGGAAAGCUCCCUCUUGGAAGGUAUCACCUGAGUUUCCGAGAUUUGACCGGCGUGGGGCCGCAGGCCUCCAGUCCCUCGACGAUGGAGAGCACCCAGGAGAAACCCGCGGAGUCUAGUUACCCCGUCCCCGGGUCCGAAGAGCCUGCCGGCUUAGCCAGGGACCCCGAAGUGUUGCCUCCCAAGGAGUCGGAAGGCUGCGCCCGGCCCCUGGAGACGGCCCCCAAGAAAAUCUGUGGAUAUUUAAGUAAGUUUGGCGGCAAAGGGCCCAUCCGGGGCUGGAAAUCCCGCUGGUUCUUCUACGACGAGAGGAAAUGCCACCUGUAUUAUUCGCGGACCGCGCAGGAUGCAAAUCCCUUGGACAGUAUCGACCUCUCCAGUGCAGUCUUUGACUGCAAGGCGGACGCCGAGGAGGGGACUUUCGAAAUCAAGACUCCCAGCCGGAUUAUUACCUUGAAGGCCGCCACCAAGCAAGCGAUGCUAUACUGGCUGCAGCAGCUGCAGAUGAAGCGCUGGGAGUUCCACAACAGCCCGCCUGCACCUCCCGCCGUCCCUGACGCUGCCCUGGCUGGGAAUGGGCCCGCCCUGCGCCUUGAGCUAGAGCAAGAGGAGGCGGAGCUAGAGGAGUUCCUGUGUCCCGUGAAAACGCCCACUGGCCUUGUGGGCAUGGCAGCUGCCUUGCAGCCGGUCCCUGCUCUGCCCUUGGCCCUUCAGAAUAUCUCCCUCAAGCACCUGGGAACUGAAAUACAAAACACAAUGUACAACAUCCGGGGCAACAAGCAGACCCAAGGAACAGGCCACAGACCCUCAGGAGAAGAUUCUUCACUGAGCGAGGAGCCUCAGAGGGAGGAGCAGCCCUCGCCUCCUGACCUCAGCGCCCCAGGAAAAGAUCCAGCGGAUUCUCCAAAGCCUACACCCAAGUCCUCUCUGACCGCCAAUCUCAUUCAGAAAGCCAAGCACCAGAGCAACACCUUCCCGCUCUUCACCGAAGGACUCACACGGAACCGAACCGCCCAGGAGAAAGUGCUGGCCUUGGAGCAGCAGGUUCUGAUGCUCACCAAGGAGCUAAAGGCUCAGAAGGAGCUGGUGAAGAUCCUGCACAAGGCGCUGGAGGCUGCCCAGCAGGAGAAGAGGGUGUCCAGUGCGUACCUGGCAGCAGCCGAGGACAAGGACCGGCUGGAGCUGGUGCGGCACAAAGUGCGGCAGAUCGCGGAGCUGGGCAGGCGGGUGGAGGCCCUGGAACAGGAGCGGGAGAGCCUGGUGCAGACGGCGAGCCUGCGGGAGCAGGAGGUGCAGGAGCUGCGGCAGCACGUGCAGCUGCUCCUGGACAAGAACCAGGCUAAGCAGGAGGUCAUCCAGAAACUCUCUGAGAAGGUCACCCAGGACUUCAUGCAUCCCCCCAACCAGCCCCCUGCACCCCCAGAUGCAGCUGACAGGGACCUCCUGAGCCAACAGGAAAAGAUGGAGCAUCUGAAGGAUGACAUGGAAGCAUACCGGACCCAGAACCACUUUCUCAACUCCGAGAUCCACCAGGUCACAAGGAUCUGGAGAAAGGUGGCUGAGAAGGAGAAGGCCCUCCUGAUGAAGUGUGCCUACCUCCAAGCCAAGAACUGCCAGGUGGAAAGCAAGUACCUGGCGGGGCUGCGGAGGCUGCAGGAGGCCGUGGGGGUCCAGGCAGGCGAGUGCUCGGAGCUACUGAGGCAGCUCAUCCAGGAGGCGCUGCAGUGGGAAGCCAGCGAGGCCUCAGCUGACAGCGUUGUGCUGAGCCCCAUCAGCGAGUAUGACGAGUACGGCUUCCUGACAGUACCCAACUAUGAGGUGGAAGAUCUGAGGCUGCUGGCCAAGAUCCAGGUGCUAGAAGUGCACUCCCACCACUUGCUGGCCCACGAGGCCGUGGAGCAGCCGCUGCGGGAGCGCUGGGCUGCCCUGGGUGAGCUGGUCCCCUCGGCGGAGAUCAAGCAGCUGCUGCGGGCGGGCGUGCCCCGCGAGCACCGCCCGCGCGUCUGGAAAUGGCUGGUCCGCCUCCGUGUCCAGCACCUGCAGGGCCCCGGCCGCUACCAGGAGCUACUGAGCCGGAGCCAGGCCUGCAAGCACCCCGCCGCACGCCAGAUCGAGCUGGACCUGAACCGGACCUUCCCCAGCAACAAGCAUUUCACCUGUCCCGCCUCCAGCUUCCCUGACAGGCUCCGCCGGGUACUGCUGGCUUUCUCCUGGCAGAACCCCGCCAUCGGCUACUGCCAGGGCCUAAACAGACUGGCGGCCAUCGCUCUGCUGGUCCUGGAUGAGGAAGAGAGUGCCUUCUGGUGUCUGGUGGCCAUUGUGGAGACCAUCAUGCCAGCUGAUUACUACAGCAAGACGCUCUUGGCAUCCCAGGUGGACCAGCGAGUGCUGCAGGACCUCCUCUUGGAGAAGCUGCCCAAACUGAUGGCCCACCUGGGGCAGCACCGUGUGGACCUGUCUUUCGUCACCUUCAACUGGCUCCUCGUAGUCUUCGCAGACAGUCUCAUCAGCAACAUCCUCCUCCAGGUCUGGGACGCCUUCCUCUACGAGGGCACCAAGGUGGUGUUCCGCUAUGCCUUGGCCAUCUUCAAGUACAACGAGGAGGAGAUCCUGAGGCUGCAGGAUGGCCUGGAGAUCUACCAGUACCUGCGCUUCUUCACCAAGACCAUUUGCAACAGUCGGAAGCUGAUGAACAUCGCCUUCAACGACAUGAACCCCUUUCCUAUGAAACAGCUACGCCAGCUGCGGAUGGCCCACCGGGAGCGGCUGGAGGCUGAGCUGCACGAGCUGGAGCAGCUCAAGGCCAAGUACUUGGAGACCCGGGCAGCCCAGGGCCCUGCAGUGCCUGAGGGUUGCACCAGCGAGGAUGAGGGAGAGGCGGAGCCCUGACUUGGCUACCUGCCCUCCCCAAAGCCCUUUCUCGCCCUUGGCUGGCAGACCCACAGGGGGACAGCCAUGGAGCAGUGGUCUAGGCCCCACUGAGCCCCAUCACCAUGUGACCCUGGGCGAGUCCCUUCCCCUCUCUGGGACUCAGUCUCCCCAUUGGAACAUUGGCUCCUAAAACCAUUGGUUGGGUUAUCUCCUCAUGAGCACACACCCAGGAUACACCCCUCCUCACUUCCUCUGCAGAGCAUUUUAGCACCCAGACAAGCAAGAGUGCUGUCUUUAUAGGGUAACCUUGAACACUCUCUAAGUUUUAUCUGUGUAUGACAGUGUAAAUAUUGGAAAUAGUUCACAAGCUUUGGAACCUAAACGAUUCUCAGUAA